GCUUCUCUUUCGUGGCGUGAACACUUUGUGUCACUGAUACAAACUGUACAACAACUUCACACUGUGUAGAUUUAAAGAUUCCAGAUCUCCUGAUGGCUCCGUGUGGUUUGUUGGAUCCGCUGCCCUUGGUCAGUUUUGAAAGCAAAGCCCAGUUCUCUGCAAGUCGAGCUCUGAGCUUGGCCAGGAGUAAAUACUUCAAGCUCCCAGAGACGGAGAGCCGCCAGGUCGACGUGUGGAGCAUCAAACCGCCGGAUUUCUCCCUCAAACUCUACAGAUCUCUGUCGGUUCCUCAGAGGAAAGAGAGGAAGGCUUUGACUGUUCCAGCAGCUCAACAGACAACGAGAACAAGUGGAAUAUUUCUGCCUGAUGUUUCACGUGAGUCUUACAAGAGGAACGACCGUGUGAAGUUCAUCACAUCGCACAGGCCUCCCGACGCUCUGGAGUCUGAGCUGAAGUUCAUCACAUCGCACAGGCCUCGUGACGCUCUGGAGUCUGAGCUGAGGUUCCUCACAUCGCACAGGCCUCCUGACGCUCUGGAGUCUGAGCUGAGGUUCAUCACAUCGCACAGGCCUCCUGACGCUCUGGAGUCUGAGCUGAGGUUCAUCACAUCGCACAGGCCUCCUGACGCUCUGGAGUCUGAGCUGAAGUUCGUUAGGACGGGAAAGUUUCCGUCUGAACCGUACGUGAACCCAAGACCUCACAACUUCAGACCGCUUGAUGAAAACCUUCCAGACGUAGUUACGACAUACGAGAGGGAUCCUGGGAACCUGACUUUAAGAUUAAAGCAUUUGGACACAAUGCCGACCCCACGAUGCGACACUCGCUGCACUUUGAGGGACACCAGGACGAAGAUGGACACAUAUAGACCUGCAGAGCCUCAGUGGGACGUGAAGCUCGUCCUCCCUCUGUCUCCCUGGCCUCCAAAAUCAGCUUCCUACACUAGACAUCGGAGAAGAAGAGGAGCGUACAGCGCCUUCAUCGAUCGGGUCGAAGAGAAACUCUCAAGAUCCUGGAAACUUACAUCAUGACUCUGUUCCCACCGAUACACCAGUUUGACCAGUCGUGAGUCGGCAUCAUGAUGUUUCAACAUGUUUAUAUAUCAAAUAACUCAUUAAAAACAAACUGUUCACAAAAAUAUACUUUUUCAUGUCCCAUCCACUAACCUGGAGGAGGCAGCCAGCCAUGGGGGGGGGUCCAUAUUUCUAUUCACUCUAAUGUUAUUGCGCCCUCUUCUUGUGCCGUGAUGUAAUGACUCUCAGAUGCAGAUUUAGUUCCAUCAGCUGUUCAUUAACAUUUAUAUGAAUAUUUGGUCCAUUAACUAUAAAACACGUCUACUUAGAUUAAAACACAAAUCACUUACAGACAUUUUUUAUAUUUCCUGAGUGUGUUUUUAUCAUCUUCUGUGUAGCUGCAUGAUUUGCAUUAAUUUCAAUACAAUUUAAAUGAAAUAAAAGACAUUUUAACAUAACAUAAA